UUCGAAAUAUUAAAAGUAUGUCAUCUUUAGUGAUUCUUGAUGGCACACCCGUUUUAAUUGCCUAAGAGAAAACAACGCUUUUGUUAGUUUUGAUGUUAAAGCUGGGCUAUGCUCCUGCCAAAUUAGUGCACAAUCAAUAUUGAGACCUAAAAUCUUACAGGUGCUCAUCAAAGAAAUUUUAAGAUUUCGAAAUAUAUUCCAUUAAGUAAUGUGGGUGAUUCGCCAAAAACAAAAAAAUGUUUGAUUUUCUAUGUCUAACAGUCUAUUUUCAGAGAACCAGAGACGAGCUUACUCUAAAACAAAAUGGCAAUUGGGCGAUAGUUAGUAUUAUCUUUUUUAUUUUUUGAUUUCAGUCAUUUAAUAUGGUGCUCAGCGUCCCAUUUGAAUAAGAAUGACAGAUGUCAUUAGAAUGCAUAAUCAUCUGUUUCACUUUAUACACCUUUGCGGUUAAAGUGAUACUUUAUCCACACUCACGGUCAAACAAAGAAACUUAAACGUCAACUUGUAAAUUUGCAAAUGCUUUAGCUCCAGUCUACACAGAAUUAGAAAUCUGAUUCCCAUCUACUAUGAUUAUACUGUUACUAACACUGAAUGACGAAGAAGAAAUCCUUCAAAAUGUUGAUCGGUUUAAUGUCCCCAUAAUGCCAACCUUUCCGCAUCGCUAAACUGAACAAACAAAUAUCCUUAUCUAGACUUUUUCAGUACAUUUACAUUUCAAAGGUAGCGACAUACUCAUUAAUACUUGUAAUUGCAUAAGCAUAAGUCGCACAAAUCUAACAAUAUUAGGAACGUAAUCAACAAAGUGAAAGCAACGCUAACUUUCUUAAGACAGUCAUCCGCGCCUUGAACUUAGUAACAUUCUUACAUCCUUCUUCGAAAAACCCAGCAAGAAAUAUUCAAGAUGGAGGUGUUUGGUGUCGAAAUUUGUCCGAUUUACAUUUACGCGCUAUUGGCAUUACUCGCGGUUGGUGGAUUUAUUAUUAUUACCGCGAUCAAGUUUUUCGCUUACAUCACUUGUGGAUUCUGUUAUAGUAAUGUUAAAAUGGAUAACAAAACUGUAAUAAUAACCGGUGCCAGUAGCGGUAUUGGAAAAGAAACUGCUAGAGAUUUAGCACGGAGAGGAGCGAAGGUGAUCUUGGCUUGUAGAAAUUUGGAUAAAGGCAACGAAACCAAAGAUGACAUUGUCAAAACAACAGGAAACGAAAACAUCCUCGUAAAGAAAUUGGAUUUAGCAAGUCAAAAGUCGAUAAGAGAAUUUGCCAAAGACAUCAAUGACACGGAAACAAAAAUUAAUGUAUUAAUACACAACGCAGGAACAGCGGAAACACGAAUCAAAGUGACUGAAGAUGGUUUGGAAACCACAAUGGCGACUAACCACUUUGGCCCCUUUUUACUUACACACUUAUUGAUGGAUCUGCUUAAAAGGUCUGGACCUUGCCGUAUUGUCGUCGUUGCUUCAGAGUUGUAUCGAUUGUCCUCCGUCAACUUAGACAAGCUGAAUCCUAUACGUGCCUUAGUUCCCGCGCAUAUUUAUUACACGUCCAAGUACGUUAAUAUAUAUUUCACAAGGGAACUGGCUCGUCGACUGGAAGGUACCAACAUAACUGUCAAUUGCCUGCACCCAGGCAUGGUUGAUAGCGGUAUAUGGAGGAACGUACCCGCUCCACUUAGCUGGCCACUUAUCGCGGUUGUCAAAUGCUUUUUUAAGACACCUCUACAAGGGGCACAAACAACUGUCCAUCUAGCCGUUUCGGAGGAGCUCGAAAACGUAUCCGGAAAGUACUUCAUAGAUUGCAAGGAGAGGAGUCUCAGUAGUGGCGCAAUGGAUAGCGCCAAAGCAAAGAAAGUAUGGGAGAUUUCGGAAAAUAUUGUUAACUUGAAGGAAAGUGAUCCUAAAAUUUAGCUGUUAAAAAAUGUUCAUUUGAAAUAAGGUUGUAUUUUUUUAAACAACCAAACCCUCUAUAUUUGUUGUAAACUUUGGGAAUUAAAACACUAAAGAGGUAGUGAUCUGUAAAAACCUGGUAGGUACUUCAUUGGGUUAAAGUGGAUUGAUGAUUUUAAAAGUACAUGUAAAUAAAAAACUUUAUUUUGCAA